UUCGAAGCUGUGGAUGGGAUGACUCCAGUUAUCUUAACGCCUGCUACCAGCGAUCCGGUUUUGGCGGACGACAAGAGGUCUGCUCAUGUACAACAAAUCUGUGCAAUAGUGCAACAGCUGCAGGAGUCGCAAUGCUCUUUGUUACCUCAUUAUUAGCAUUCCCAGCACUUUUGUAAAUAAGCAACAAAAUUUUUUUAAAUUAUAAAUAUAAAUGUACUAGUGUAUAAAAUGAGUCAAGAAAAUUAAGUGCUGUUAUUGUCAUUUAUUUUCGUACAAUUUAAAGAAAACCUAGAGAAUGCAUUUGACUUUUUGUCAUUUGUUAGGCACAUGUGAUGACCCUAAUCAAAAUGUCAGCUUAUUUGGAUUUUUCAUAUUGAGCAAAUCAUCCAGUCAUUCGGAUUUGGCAUCUGGAAAAAUUCUGUUGGAUCCCUGAAAAAUUGAUGAUGCAUAGAUGGGUGACAUAAAUAAUGAGAAGAGAAAUACUACGCAGCUCGAGGAAAGGAAUGAUCCAUUUGAUAUUCUUAAAAAAGAAAGCAAUGGAAAGGUCAACAUUGCAAUUCGGAAAAAAACAAGACCUAUUCCUGAUGUAAUUCCAAGAUUCCCUAGUGAUUUGAAAUUACCACUGAAUGUUAAAGGGAUAUGCAAUGACACUGUAGGCGUUGAAUUGUGCAGCAAACUAAAUUUAAACAAUAAAGAUGCACAUAAUAAUGUAAGCGUAUCCGACCAGGGAGUGCAGAUGGGAGGGAAUACCAUCCCACCAAAUGAGACUUCUUGUCCUUAUGUUUUGACAUUGCUCCCUCCAUCAGUGGGACAGAAUGUGAAUUCACCACCAAGAAUUCAUCCCCCAUACAGCACUGGCCAAUUUGUCCAAAGCGCAUCCCCUUUUGUCCGGGUCCCUCUGGUAGAUCCGAUGUACUACCAAAAUCAAUGCUCAUACCAGUACGGGUAUAGGAUGCCAGCACUUGUCAGGAAUGCUGACAAUGUGUAUUGGAACCACCAACAAAUGUACAGGUCGAAACCAGGGAGCGUUUAUGGAAUUCCUCCAGAGCCGAGGGUGAUGCAAAGUGAAUACCAUCGAAUGAAUAGGCAAUUUAAUCUCCUGCUACAGCCCAAUGCUGUUAGGGUAUUUAACGAUUACAAAUCUAAUUUACAAAAGCCAGUUGUAAAUGAACAGGAGGCGAAUAACGUUUCUCCGAGGCAGAAAUGCGCUGAUCAAAAAUUUGAAGACCCAAAAGACAACAUGACCGUUCAUAUCGGUGGAUUGUUAACUCUUCCGAGAAGCCUCCAAACAUACAGUGAUGAAUCGUCCCAAAGCUCUACGUCGUCUUCCAGAAAUGAUGAUGAAUCUACUAAAAUUGCUUUUACUCUGCCCGGAAUGGCUGAAUUUAAAAAAAUGGCUCACACAGGAUGCAGGGAUCUAGAAAGAUUGAUAGCCAAAUACAAUGUUAAAAGCUCGAAAGUAGACCUGGAAGAAUUUUGCAAAGCGGUAAAGGCCAAUUUGGUCAAUACGAGCCCGGGAUUGAUUCAAAUGGAACCGGUACUAAGAGAAAUAAUACUGGCUUUUCUCCAUAUAUCUAGUUCAUGGGUGAGUCUCGCUAGUCUUCUGCCUGUUUCGAAAGAACAGCCGAAUCCUUUAGACAGCUCUCUUGAACCGUUGGCAAAAGAAUUUCAACAAUGGCAGGAAAUUUCUAAAACUAUGUUAGAGAAAAUAAGUUUAGCUCUGCAUGGAAUCCCAAACGAACACGAGCGGUAUGUUUCUGGUGCGUAUAAGAAAAAUGUCAAUCCACGAAAUACAAAGCCGAUAGAGACAGAUGUACCGAUGAAAGUCUCUGAAAAUUGGCCCACUGUGAAUGAAUGGCAACACUUCUCAAGACAAAAUUCUCAAAGAGAAAACCACCAGCAGCCCAACCCAAUAAGCCCAAGACAAAAUAUGCGCACUCAGCAAAAUUCGUUUCUCAGUUACUCUUAUCCCAAUGACAACUCUCAGAAUGAAAAGAGGAAAAAUAGCAAUUUGCCUCUAGCCAAAGAAGUGAGCUCAAAUUUGAGGGAUUGGGACACACCAUUUGGCUCCACGAUAAUCUAUCCGCAGCAAUAUGGAAAUAAAAAAUCACAAGAUGGAAAAAAAACUUCUCCUCAAUCAAAUAGAAAUGACCACUUUCGAAAGUGAAAACAGAUUUGUCGUGAAAUAACCGGAAAGGAUCCUGAAGUGUCAAUGGUCUUUAUUAUGUUUUAGUUAAUUUUUUGUUUAGAACAAGUUCAGUCAAAUGGGAAAUUAGAAGAUAAUAAUUCAUCAAGCAAGUCCGUCUUUGUUGUAGACCCAAGCAAUUAUCUUUGUUCUUUUUUGAACAUUAUUUGGUCCAAGAAGUUUGUUUUGUGAGCAAAAAAAACAAGUAAGCUUAUAAAAAUGGAAUCAUCAGUUAAAUAAAAAAGAAAAUAAUACAAAAAGAAUAAAACACUUAACAAAUCGAAGAUAAAAGAAAAGCAAGACAUGUUUCCCAUGGUGGUUAUAUUUGAAUAUUAAGGAGAAAGCUGCAUUUCUUUCACUGGAAAUUUCAAUUAAAUGGUUCAAUCAUCAAGCAUCAAGUAUCCAGACGCAAACACUACUAAAUACACCAGUUUUACAUUUCUUG